AUGCUCCUUUGGAUUGACUCACCUAAAAAUGAUCCACAGCUAACUGAAGAAGUUCAAACAAAUUAUCCUCCAUUAGAAAUCAAUUUUCAACCAACUUACCAAGAUGCACGAAAAUAUUUAAAUGACAACGCAUGUGACAUACGAAAACGAGAAAUAUUUAUUACUAUAUGUCGAGCUUAUUAUACAAAAGAAUCAAAAUGUUUUACAGAUGUUGUGCAACUUUUUCGCGAUCUGGGCAUCGGAAAUAGACCUCUAGCAGUUUAUACUUUAAGUACAAUAACUUUAUUGGAAAAAACACCAGAUCUUCCAACAGGCAUUGAGAUUUAUGACAAUCCAGAUGAUUUAUUUGCAUUUAUAAGUCGGUAUCUGGCAAAAACAAUUUAA